CAGCGGCGGCCGCGGCGCCGCCUCCGCCCGCCGGAAAUGGGGCUGCGCCGGGCGGCCACGGCGCGGCCGCGGCUCCUCCCCGGCCGCCAUCGGCACCGGCGGCAUCUCCGCCGCCAUCGCCGCCGUCGGCAUGGCCCUGCGGGCGCUGUGGCUCCUCAGGCACGACCCCGCGGCCGGCGGCGCCGUGCUCUUCUCCAGGCGCUACCCCACGGUCGGUGCUCGCGAGACCUCCAAUGGCUCCACGCACGUCCCCAUCCCCUCGGACAGCGCCUUCCUCAAGGCCCUGCUCUUGGAGCUGAGGCUGGUGGACGAGCACGUUUUCGUGGAGCAGCGGGACACCUGCACCAGGAUCAACCACUCGUGCGUGCAUUCCGUGAGCAGCGCCGCGGGGGAGCUGUGGCCCGUGCUGGCAUUCCGCAAGAGCGGCCAUUACGCCCGUGUGCCGCUGGUGGAGGGCAGCCUGGAGCCGCGGCCGCCCCUCCUCGCCGUCCGCGGGCUCUCGCAGGGCCUGGCUCUCUUGCUGGGCAUCAUGGACUACUACAUCUCUCCCAGCCGCAAAAACCAGGCUGAGCUGAGCGCCAAGGUGGGGCAGCUCCGGAGUCUGCUGAUCCAGGCCUGUCCCCUGGGCAUCCCCCUGAACACCAACAUCCGCAGCCUGAACAGCUCCUUCCAGGACAUCCAGGAGAUGCCUGCGGAUAAGGAGCAGCCAGCCUGGAGAUCCAGCAGCUACAAGGGCAGACCCCAGGUUUGCAUCUGCAUCACUGAGAAGGUCAAGUGUAUGCAGUACGACCAGAGGGAUGUGGUGGACACGUGGCAGGUUUAUGGAGCUGUGAACUGCAAGUGUGACAUAGAGGGAUCUGCACCAAACGUGACCCUCAGCCUGACGCUCCCGACGAACGCGCCCCCGCUGCAGGACAUCAUGCUCCAUCACUGUGUGACCUCCGUGGACCCUGCCAUGCUCCUGUCCACCAGUGCUGAGCCCCUGCACGACUCUGUGUACAAUGGACCUUACAAAUUCCCUUUCAUUCCUCCUUCGGACUCCUUCGACCUGUGUUACUACACUUCCCAGGUUCCUGUUCCACCAAUUUUGGGAUGUUACCAACUUGUUGAAGAGGGAUCACAGAUAAAAAUAACAGUUAAUUUAAACAUAAAGAAUUCUUUUGAGUACUGUGAAGCUCGUAUACCUUUCUUCAACAGGGGCCCCAUUGCUCAGUUAGAGUACAAGGUUAGUUAUGGCCAGCUGGAUUUGUCCCGGGAGAAGAGCCUCCUGGUCUGGGUCAUUGGACAGAAGUUCCCCAAAUCUUUGGAGGUUUCCCUGACUGGAGCUGUGUCUUUUGGCACGCAGGCAGAGCACCCGACUGAUUAUGUGUGCACUGGGAACACUGCUUAUGUCAAACUGUACUUUAGGAUCCCAGACUUUACACUCACUGGAUGUUACGUGGACCAGCAUUCUGUUCAGAUCUUUGUUCCAGGGAAGCCCAAAAUUACUGCAUCCCGGGAAUUGAUUUCUUCUGAUUACUACAUCUGGAAUUCCAAAGCACCAGCACCUAUGGUGUACAGACCCUUACUUGACUAAUGUACUUGGGAAUAAUUUUUAUAUUUAAACAAAGUACAGUGUUAAUGAGAUUUAUGUUGUGAUACAGUAAAAUAAAUAUUCUUCAGCA